UCUCUUUGCCCUCCACAGCGUUCAGCAUUUUGAGAAGAGCAUUAAGUUCAUGCACGAGUCUCGACUGAAAGGCGAGGGCUGUCUGGUGCACUGUCUAGCCGGCGUGUCGCGCAGCGUGACGCUGGUGGUGGCGUAUCUCAUGACCGUCACGACUCUGGGAUGGCAGGAGGCUCUGGCUGCGGUGAAGGUGGCCAGACCUUGUGCUUCACCAAACAUGGGCUUCCAGAAGCAGCUGCUGGAGUUUGAGACCAGCCAGCUACAGCAGGUGACUCCUCCUCGCUUUACGACUGGAAAUAGUGUGGCACUAUCUUCACAAACAUGGCAGCCAUAUCAACUGACCUGGAAUUAUGUCAGUGGCCCUUCUAAAUAACCCUGUGAAG